AUUUUAGGCGUCAAGUUGAACCGGAACUGCAACCGGAGAGUACGUUUGAUUGUUUAUAUUUUUCCAAAAUAUUUUACAUUUUAGCUUGCUAGCUAGCCAUCCAAAUGUAUAUGUAAAAUGUGUCUUGUCGGAAUAAGGUUGGAAAGACAUGAAUAACGCAAAGUGUCUAUCAUGUAACUUUACCGUUGUUCAGCGACAAACUUCGGAUAAAUAUAUUUUUGAAGAGCACUGACACGCGGGAAGAACGCGCGGAAACCGAGAGGACAUGACAGGAGGAUUGUCUGCUACAAGAGACAUCUACCAGUUAGCUAGCAAGUAGCACGCAAACAUUUUAUUUCUAGUUAACAUAUUUUGAUUAGUUGGUUGAGACAAUCCUAUCCCUCAAGAAUGGAGGAAUACAAGGAGAAUAUUCAAGACAAAGGUGACAAUGUGAAAUUGUCCUCUAAACCCGAGGAAGAUGACAAGUCUUGUAGCAAAGUGUGUAGUAACAUUGGUGAACCCGUCCAUCAAGUAUCUUCUACUCGAGGCGAGUUCAGUGAUCCUGUUUACAAAGAGAUUGCUCUUGCAAAUGGACAUAUCAACCGCAUGAACAAGGAUGAGCUUCGGUCCAAACUGGCAGAGUUGAAGCUUGACACAAGAGGUGUAAAGGAUGUGAUGAAGAAGCGGUUGAAGAACUACUACAAGAAGCAGAAGCUGUCGUUGAUGCAGUCUGUGACAGACGGUGGACCAACUGAUACCUACUACGACUUCAUCUGUGUUGUGGACUUUGAGGCAACGUGUGAACAGGACAACCCCCCUGACUUCACGCAUGAAAUCAUUGAGUUCCCAAUGGUCCUGUUCAACACGCACACUUUAGACAUUGAGGACAGCUUUCAGGAAUAUGUCAGACCAGAAGUCAACACACAGUUGUCAGAGUUCUGCAUAAAGUUGACAGGGAUAACACAGAAAAUGGUGGAUGAAGCAGACACGUUCCCUGAUGUUCUUAAGCGGGUGGUGCUCUGGCUUCAGGAGAAAGAGCUUGGCACAAAAUACAAAUACGCCAUUCUUACAGAUGGAUCUUGGGACAUGAGCAAGUUCAUGAACACCCAGUGCCGUUUAAAUCGUCUCUCAUAUCCACAGUUUGCGAAGAAGUGGAUCAACAUCAAAAAAUUAUACGGAAACUUCUAUAAGGUCCAUCGUACCCAGACCAAGCUGAGCAGCAUGCUGGAGAAGCUGGGACUUCAAUACGAGGGCCGCCCUCACUCUGGCCUGGAUGACUCGCGGAACAUUGCCCGCAUUGCGCUGCGCAUGCUGCAGGACGGCUGCCAACUGCGCAUCAACGAGCGCAUGCACGAAGGACAGCUGCGGACUGUGCCCAGCUCUGCCCCUGUGGAAGGAGCCCCACCCCCACAUACCCCUCGCAGCAGAGACUAGCCCCCCACCUUGACCUCAGCUCCCCAUCCCCUUGCUCUGUGAGACUUCUACAUUGAGACCUUCAAGCAGGCUUCCCAUGUCUAUUUUACCCCCAUGACUUGAAAAUUCAUUGCACUUUUCCCACUCAAUCUGAGUCAAUUUUUUGUCACAAAUUGUGGGACUGUGUAGAUAGUCUUUUUAAUUGCACUAGUAGUGCCACUUCCCACAAUAAAAAUGGUGUUUCUGCUUUUUAA